AUGAAGACUGACUACCAAUGGGGCAUCACCCCCGUCUUCUCCACUUUCACAUUAACAGCGAUCUCCGUCGAUCGAAAUAUUUUGAUCCGACAUCAGAUAAAGAAACCAUUAAGAAUUAAACACGCAUUGAGGGUCAUUGCGGGAUUCGCCACUUUCGCCUCACUAAUCUCACUGCCAACAAUGCUCAAGCAACGUCUCGGGCCAUUCCCAAACUUUUGCGGCGAAUUUUGCACAGAGAAUCUAUGGUGGUGUCCUUUUGAUCAUGUAAUUCGUGAUCCCGUUCACCAUUAUCAUUAUCUCAUAUACGGCAAUCUCGCUAAGGAUUGGACAAAUCAACAAAGAAUAGCUUUGAAGAAAAGACAAAAAACGAAUUGGAUGUUGAUUGCGAUGGUGGUCGUCUUUUCAGCUAGCUGGUUCUGGUCGGUUGCUUACAAUGCGCUCAGGAAUUAUAAUUAUUUGCCGGAUGUGUUGAGAGAUCAGGAAUAUUUGCUGGGAAUUGGAACGCAUUGUAUAGCGAUGACGUCAACGGUGAGUGAGAUUAAAAAAGUC